GGCGGGACUUGACGUUGAUCCGGAAGGAUAUUUAAAUACACUUUAACAACAGCACUGGCGUCUAUGCAUGAAAGAUUGAUUAUUGCAACACAUUUAUUUGUAAGCAGUAAAAUGACCUUUUUAAGACAAAGCUUACGUUUUUCGCGGCUGCCGUUUAUGUGCUGGAGGUGCAGGAGAUAUUCAUCUGCUCAUACUGGAUCCGUGGAGCGCGUCAUUGCGGCGUUUCGCGCGGUCAUUGGAGAUGAAGGCUUGUCUGUUGGUUUAGCUGUGAGAGAACAGCACGGGAGAGAUGAGUCCGUGCACAGAUGUCAACCACCAGAUGUGGUGGUAUUUCCCCGGUCUGUGGAGGAGGUCAGCGCUCUCGCCAAAAUUUGUCACCACCAUCGAUUACCCAUCAUCCCCUUUGGCACUGGAACGGGCUUGGAGGGAGGAGUUGGUGCUCUGAAGGGUGGUGUGUGUUUUAGCCUGAGGAAGAUGGACCAAGUGCUUGAUCUUCACCAGGAAGACUUUGAUGUAACGGUGGAGCCGGGCGUGACACGCAAAGGCUUGAAUGCAUAUCUGCGUGACACUGGCCUCUGGUUUCCCGUUGAUCCAGGUGCCGAUGCUUCUCUCUGUGGCAUGGCUGCAACAAGUGCGUCAGGCACCAACGCGGUCCGCUACGGUACAAUGCGUGAAAAUGUCCUGAACCUGGAGGUGGUGCUGGCAGAUGGAAGAGUCCUCCAUACAGCAGGAAAGGGGCGUCGCCCAAGAAAGACUUCAGCCGGUUACAACUUGACAAACCUAUUUGUGGGAUCAGAGGGAACUCUGGGUAUUAUUACUAAAGCCACGCUCCGGCUAUAUGGUAUUCCCGAGAGCAUGGUGUCAGCUGUUUGCUCUUUUCCAUCUGUCCAGUCAGCGGUGGACAGCACUGUACAGAUCCUGCAGGCUGGAGUGCCCAUUGCCCGCAUAGAGUUUUUGGACGACGUGAUGAUAAACGCCUGCAAUCGCUUCAACAACCUGUCCUACGCUGUAGCACCAACUCUCUUCCUGGAGUUUCAUGGAAGUUCAAAGAGCAUGGAGGAGCAGGUGUCUAUCACAGAGGAGAUCACGCGGGAAAACGGGGGCUCGGAUUUUGCCUGGGCGGAGGAUGAGGAGACUCGUGUCCGACUGUGGAAAGCCCGUCAUGACGCGUGGUACGCUGCCCAGGCCCUGAGGCCAGGCUGUAAGGCGUACUCUACAGACGUCUGUGUACCGAUUUCUCAGCUACCACAGAUUAUAGUGGAAACCAAAGAAGAUUUAAUCAGGAACAAUCUUACGGGUCCGAUCGCAGGACAUGUGGGUGAUGGGAACUUUCAUUGUCUAAUGGUGCUGGAUCCCAAUGACCCAGAUGAGGUGCAGAGGGUUCAUGACUUUACACAGAGACUGGCCAGGAGGGCAUUGGAAAUGGAUGGAACUUGUACCGGUGAACACGGAGUAGGUCUAGGAAAGCGGACCCUUCUCCAGGAAGAGGUCGGACCCCUGGCUAUAGAAGUCAUGCAGGGUUUGAAGGCAACCCUGGACCCUAAUGACCUCAUGAAUCCUGGCAAGGUGUUAUAGGUGUAGAUACUCUGCACUGCAGUUUAUGCACACUAGAUGUCAGGAAUAUAUGAGGUUUGUUUUUUAGUUAGAUGUUAUAAGAUGGGGUGUUGAUUCUGGGCAGAAACUGGGAUAUAAAACAUGGUUUCAAUCAGAACACAAUUUGCACAUAGAACAAAUGGUGACUCAUCACGUCUAUGUAUUAAUUUUUGCACGAUUAAAGCCACAAUAUGUAAAAUUUUUGUAAUAAUAUAUCCAAAAACCACUUGCACAGUGUGAUAUAUAAUUUAAUGGGGUUGUGUACUUGCAUUAUCCCAAAAGUUGCCAAGGAUUUGUAAAUCCAGAGAAAUUCCUAUUUUAAAUAACAGACCACCCCUUUUAUUGACUUUAUAUUUGCGCUGUCCUCAGCUUCCGGUUGUUGUCCGGUUGUAGUGGUAGUUAUACAGCAUCUAACACGCAGCUGUUGUGCCUUGCAGUUAAUUAAUUAUGAUGGCAUAAAAUGAUGAUCAAACAUGCAGGUAAAAUUCUCUGGAUGGUAUAAACAACAUCUCCUAACCGUUCCACUCCUUCAUAACAUCAUUAAAGGAACACACCACCGUUUUUCAAUAUUUUACUAUGUUCUUACCUCAACUUAGACGAAUUAAUACAUGCCUAUCUUUAUUCAAUGCGUGCACUUAAUAUUUGUACAGCGCAUCGUGAAUGUGUUAGCAUUUAGCCUAGCCCCAUUCAUUCCUUAGGAUCCAAACAGGGAUGAAUUAAGAAGCCACCAAACACUUCCAUGUUUUCCCUAUUUAAAGACUCUUACAUGAGUAGUUACACAAGUAGUUACACAAGUAAGUAUGGUGGCACAAAAUAAAACGUCUCACUUCGACCUCAGGGGCAAUAAUAUUGAUGGAAGUUUGAGCGAGAGGUGGAGUAGCCAGGGGUGAUGAUGUUACUGUGCGCCCGAGGUCGAAGUGUUGCAAACUAAGUGCAUCCGCCAUACAAUAGUUCUCAUUUUUAUCCGCGUUUUAUUUUGUGCCACCAUACUUACUGGUGUAACUACUCAUGUUACAGUCUUUAAAUAGGAAAAAAACAUAGAAGUGUUUGGUGGCUUAUAAAUUCAUCCCUGUUUGGAUCCUAAGGAAUGAAUGGGGGUAGGCUAAAUGCUAACACAUUUACAACGCGCUGUACAAAGAUGAAGUGCACACAUUGAAAAAAAUAGGUAUGUAUUAAUUCGUCUAAGUUGACGUAAGAACAUAGUAAAAUAUUGAAAAACGGUGGUGUUUUCCUUUAAGCUUUGCCUUGGUUAUUAUAAUUGUGAAAUAGCGACCUCUAGUGGUGCAAAUCCUACAUAUUGUGGCUUUAAAUCAUUUCUUUGGUAUUAUAACGAAUACGCAGUAUUAAUGUACAGGGUUUUUCUUAUUGAAAGAUAACAAAGGUGUACUUUGAUUUUCUCACAAUAAAAUACUGUGUUUUUUUAAUCCAUGGUUGGGUAGAAUACGUAACUUUUCUAAGUUAAUUUGAACCAUACGUACCCAACCAUGGGUUGAAACAAUCCAAUAAUGUUUGCAGUGCUAAAUGACUUUUAAUACCUCACGCAAUAUUAAAAUAUGAAUUUAGCCUUUAAAUGCAUCUGUAUGUGAAUGUAAAGGGUGAUGUUAUACCCAUUAAUUUGAUGUCACGCUGUUGCAGUGGAAUGAUGAAUUAAAGCAAGAAACAUCUGGAUUUUUUCAUCUUGUUUUAAUUAUAUGUAUUAUCAUUGUCAUUAUUACUCGCCCCACAGAUUGCACAUCAAAACCAUUAUACAAUGAGUUUGUACCUCCUAAAAACAGUCAUCCGUUCAUGUCCUCUGAGAAAAAGCAUACAAAAAUGUGAAAAUGAAUGAAUGAAAAAAUAAAACAAUUUUUUGACAAUGCCUUACCGCAUAGUGCAACACUAUCCAACUCCAUUUCAG